ACUGCAGACAUGCUCAAGUUUCUUGUGUUUACCUCGCUCGCAGCCCUCGUGCUGGCCGAGCUUACGCCCGAACCCAGGUACCUGGAGGAUGACAGUGUUGAGCAGAGAGUCGUGGGAGGCGAGGUGGCCAGACCAAACUCCUGGCCCUGGCAGAUCUCUCUUCAAUUCAAAUCUGGCAGCAACUUCCACCACACCUGUGGAGGAACCCUGAUCAGGAGAGGAUGGGUCAUGACCGCUGCUCACUGUGUGGACAGGUCCAGAACUUGGCGUGUUGUUCUUGGAGAUCACAAUAUCAACUCCCAUGAGGGAAAAGAGCAGUACAUGAGCGUGAGCCGCGUCUACAUCCACCCCAGGUGGAACUCCAACAACGUUGCUGCAGGGUGGGACAUCGCUCUUCUGCGUCUGUCUACUGAAGCUUCUCUCAACAACUACGUCCAGCUCGCCGCCCUGCCCCCCUCUGGUCAGGUCCUGCCUCACAACAACCCUUGCUACAUCACUGGAUGGGGUCGCACCCAGACUGGAGGUCAGCUGUCCGCUCAGCUGAAGCAGGCCUACCUGCCCGUUGUUGACUACAAGACCUGCUCCAGCUACGGAUGGUGGGGCAGCACCGUGAAGGACUCCAUGGUCUGUGCUGGUGGUGGCAGGGAAUCUGGUUGCCAGGGUGACUCCGGUGGCCCCCUGAACUGCAGUGUUAACAGCAGGUGGGUUGUCCACGGUGUGACCAGCUUUGUGUCUUCCUCUGGCUGCAAUGCCAACAAGAAGCCCACCGUCUUCACCCGUGUCUCUGAUUACAUCAGCUGGAUGAACAGCGUAAGUAGUAAACACUAA